AUGUUGCAAACUGGAGCUGAAUUUGUGCUUUCACCUGUUGGCGUUACGAAAAUAGUGUCCCUUCUGUGCAUGAUCGUAGGUGGAAUGAUUUUCAUCACUGCCGGUGACUGUGUGGAGUCGAGGGUUUGGAACGUAACGUAUAUCACCAUUACUACAGCCAGUGCGCUUCUAACGAUGGUUUCGUAUUCGAGUUUUGCCCUCAACUUGGUACGAACAGAUCGUGGUCUCAAGACGCAACAUAUUUCCGUGCUAGCCGUUUCGUACGCGGUAUUCUUUUUCUUACUGAUCGUAUCGAUCAUUACAAUGACGCAGUGCACUCGUUCAGUGCAUGUGGUGCAAAAAAUACCGGAGCCUCUAACUAUGAUAGCUGCCGUAUUGUUAGCUGCUAGCGGUACGGUUUUAUUUCUCCGUUGGAGAGCAACGAUACAAACGGAAGAACUCCAGUUACACGCGCACGGGCGAACGGUUUCCGAUAUGCGUACCAAUCCGACAGAAGCAGCACGGAAAUCCGUUAUGGUUUAA